AAAACAGACAAAACUCAUCUCAGUCACAGCCCUGUGACCGAAAAAAAUCCCCCAUCCCGUCGUCGACCCAUCGAAUCUACUCAUUUCCGCCUAUAAAAAACCACCCACAACCGAACCCCGAAAACCCCCCUAAAAAUUUUCAGAUCAUCCCUGAGAUUUGAUUAUCAUCUCAUUUCAUUCAAACAUUUCGGCUGAUUGCAGUUUGACCAUUCAAUUCUCCCCCAAAAUGUCCAUCUCAACCACCUCUGCAUCAUCUAGGGUUUCACUCCCCUUCAAAUGCCGUUCAAAUUCCGGCGCCAUUCCCCGCCCUGACCACCCUCGGUUCUCCGGCAACCUCCGUACCACUUCCGGCAAACGACCGUACGGUAACUCUUCGUUGAUCCUCCGGUUCCCGCCGAAUUUCGUUCGACAGCUAAGUAACAAGGCGCGGAGGAACUGUAGUAACAUCGGUGUUGCUCAGAUUGUUGCUGCUUCUUGGUCGAACAACCAGCCUCCUUCUCCGGCGGCGGCGGCCGUUGAUGCCGCCGCCGUCUCCGCCCCGAUCGCUGCGGGUGAAGAUGUUGUUGUUGAUAAUAAUAAUAAUCAUAAUAAUGAUAGUAAUUACAACAAUUUUGUACAGUUUGAAAGUGUGGAGAAUGUUGAUAAGUUAUCGUUUUUGAACGGUGCUGGCAGCGUUGCAAUUCAUGCUGGUGAAAGAUUGGGUCGAGGAAUUGUUACUGAUGCGAUAACUACUCCUGUGGUCAAUACAUCUGCCUAUUUUUUCAAGAAAACCAUUGAUCUCAUUGAUUUCAAGGAAAAACGUAGCAUUAGCUUUGAGUAUGGGCGUUACGGGAACCCUACUACCGAGGUUUUGGAGAAUAAGAUAAGUAAGCUUGAGGGUGCGGAAUCAACCUUGUUACUGGCCUCUGGAAUGUGUGCAAGCACUGUUAUGAUGCUAGCUCUCGUUCCAGCUGGCGGGCACAUCGUCACUACCACUGAUUGUUACAGGAAAACUAGAAUUUUCAUCGAGACGUUUCUUCCCAAGAUGGGGAUCACGGCUUCGGUCAUUGACCCUGCGGAUAUUGCUGGACUUGAAUCUGCACUAAAUAACCACAAAGUUAGUCUUUUCUUCACUGAGUCGCCAACGAACCCGUUUCUAAGAUGUGUUGACAUCGAGUUAGUUUCGAAGCUGUGCCAUGCUAAAGGAGCCGUAGUUUGCAUUGACGGAACGUUCGCCACACCUCUGAACCAGAAGGCUCUCGCACUUGGUGCUGACAUCAUUCUACACUCUGCAACCAAAUACCUUGGUGGUCACAAUGACGUGCUUGGUGGUUGCAUUAGCGGUUCUACGGAAAUAAUUUCUCAAGUCCGUAACAUGCAUCAUGUUUUAGGUGGCACUCUUAAUCCUAAUGCAGCGUAUCUAAUCAUUCGAGGCAUGAAAACGCUGAAGUUACGUGUACAGCAGCAGAAUUCCACUGCGCAGAGGAUGGCCGAACUUUUAGAGGCACAUCCUAAGGUGAAACGUGUGUAUUAUCCAGGCUUGAAAAGUCAUCCCGAGCAUGAACUUGCAAAGAAACAGAUGACUGGUUUUGGUGGUGUUGUCAGUUUUGAGGUGGAUGGUGACAUAACAACCACCAUUAAGUUUGUCGAUUCUCUAAAGAUCCCUUAUAUUGCACCGUCUUUUGGCGGCUGUGAAAGCAUCGUGGAUCAGCCAGCCAUCAUGUCUUACUGGGAUCUUAGCCAAGCAGAGAGAGCGAAAUACGGGAUACUGGACAAUUUGGUUCGCUUCAGCUUUGGAGUCGAAGACUAUGAGGAUCUGGAAGCUGAUGUUCUUCAGGCUUUGGAGGCGAUAUGAUAGACGGGAUUCACCUGCGUGUUUGUUUGUUGUUUUUAUGAUUUUGUGUUGUUGAAUCAUGAUCAUGAUUGUUUGUAGUUGAACACUUGUUGAGUGCUCCUACUAACGUUCUGUUUUCGACGUUGUAAUAAGUUAUAUAGAGCAAUUCUAAAGCAAGAUUCUGCUCCGUCUA